AAUUACUUGCACGCGGCGCCUGCUUUAUUUACAAUUUUCAGAUUCUUUAUUUAUUACCACACGCGGCGGUUGCAAGUGCAUCAUGGCCUCAAUUUCGCAGGAUCAAAUCAAGGCUAUUGGCGGAGUGCUAAACAAUAAGGAUAGGCCAUUGAAGGAACGCUUUCGUGCUCUUUUUACGUUGAAGAAUAUUGGCGGCAGCACAGCUAUAGCGGCUAUUAGCCAGGCUUUCGAUGACGACUCCGCGCUACUUAAGCAUGAAUUGGCCUAUUGUCUAGGCCAGAUGCAGGAUAUCGCAGCCUUGGACAUACUUACCAAAGUCCUAGAGGAUAUCACACAGGAGCCAAUGGUUAGACACGAGGCCGCCGAGGCCAUGGGGGCCAUUGGCCAUCCGGAUGUUCUGCCGCUAUUGGAAAAAUAUAAAAAGGAUCCCGUUAUUGAAGUUGCCGAAACGUGUGCCAUUGCCCUGGAUCGUGUACGCUGGGUGCAAAGUGGCCAGCAGGUUAACGACACUAAUCCCUAUGCAUCAGUUGACCCUUCACCACCGGUGGCAGAGACCAAGAGUGUGGAAGAACUACGCGCCAUCUAUUUAGAUGGAAAACAAAGUUUGUUCGACCGAUAUCGCGCCAUGUUCAGUCUACGCAAUUUACGCACAGAGUCCAGUGUCCUGGCCAUUGCUGAAGGACUUAAGGAUUCAUCGGCUCUGUUUCGCCAUGAGGUAGCGUUUGUUCUUGGCCAAUUACAGGAACCGUGCAGUAUUCCAUUUUUGCAAGCGAAUCUAGAGGACAAUCUGGAAAACGAAAUGGUCCGACAUGAAUGUGCCGAAGCUCUGGGCGCCAUUGCCAACGAGGAUUGCAUACAGAUACUCAACCGCUAUGCGGACGAUGAUAAGCGUGUAGUCAAGGAGAGCUGCGUCAUUGCCUUGGACAUGUGCGAGUAUGAAAAUAGUCCGGAAUUUCAAUACGCCGAUGGUCUAACAAAGCUGGACGGAUCAAAAUGACGAUAAUGAUUACUCCUCCUGACCAAAUCUGUAUAUAUUGAUUAUUCUGUAUAAAUUUUUGCGUAUUAUAUUAUCAAAGAAUUUAAUUGUUAGAUAAACGCAAACGUGACUUGUUGCAAGAAUCUAAA